AUGCCAGUUUCUACGAGUGAGCGCACUCCGCUUCUUGAUCGCGAUCAAGACAGCGGCCCAUUCGCUUUUACGCCCGAACAGCUUUAUAAAUUAGUCGACCCGAAAGACCCAAAUUUGUUGAACUCCUAUGGUGGUGUAAAGGGUAUUACCGAUGGUCUUCGUGUUAAUCCUGAUAACGGUUUGAGUUCGGAUGAAGGAUUGGAUAGUCAUCGUCUGCCGUUUGAAGAGCGGAGAAAGUUUUAUGGAAAGAAUGUUUUACCUGACGUGGCACAACAGAGUUUCUUCUCUUUAGUGUGGGAAGCGUAUAAAGACAAAACGCUAAUUUUGCUUAGUGUUGCUGCUAUAGUUUCGCUGGCUAUUGGAAUUAGUGAAGAUUUCUCUUCUCGUCAUCCUGAUGAUGAGCCACGUGUCGGAUGGGUUGAGGGUGCGGCUAUCGUUGCUGCCGUCGCUGCCGUCGUGUUCACAAACGCCAUAAAUGAUUAUUCAAAGGAAAAACAGUUUAGAAAACUCAACGCCAAGAAGGAAGAUCGCGAUGUCAAACUAAUUCGUAAUGGCAAAGAACAACAGAUAUCCGUGCACGAAAUCAAUGUUGGAGAUAUCAUGCUUCUCGAACCAGGUGACAUUAUCGCAGUCGAUGGAGUUUACAUCAGCGGUCAUAAUCUAACGUGCGACGAGUCGAGCGCAACUGGCGAAUCGGAUACUAUAAAGAAGAACACCCUCGAAAAUAACGGUGAUCCAAUUAUCCUUAGUGGUUCUAAAGUGCUCGAAGGAGUAGGCAAAGCAGUUGUAAUUGCAGUGGGACCUAACUCUUUUUUUGGAAAGACUAUGAUAGCUCUUCGUGGGAGCGAGAGCGACGAAACUCCGCUUCAGAUGAAACUAGAUUUACUUGCUGAACAAAUUGCCAAACUCGGUAUAUGCGCUGCUCUGCUUAUGUUGAUCACCCUUACGGCUAAAUACUUUAUUACUGCUGCGAUGGCUGACGAGUUCCCUGACAUUGCGGAUAUAUUGCCUGCCGUAAUCACUAUUGUCAUUCAGGCAAUUACUAUCGUGGUCGUUGCCGUUCCCGAGGGAUUACCUAUGGCCGUUGCUCUCGCUCUUGCAUACGCUACCACUCAAAUGUUGAAGGAUAACAACCUGGUGCGUGUGUUAUCUGCAUGCGAGACCAUGGGCAAUGCAACAACAGUCUGUUCUGACAAGACGGGCACCUUGACACAGAAUAAGAUGACCGUGGUUGAGGGCAAAAUUGCUCAGGAGACUUUUGAAGGUCUAGCUCAUCUUGAUAGUUGGAGAUCAAAAAUUAGCGAUGCGGUAUUCGAUGUGCUUAUUGAAGGGAUUACUGCCAAUUCAUCUGCAUUCGAAGACAAGGGUGAAUCCGGGAGAGUCGACUUUGUUGGAUCAAAGACGGAAUGCGCGCUUCUUGGAUUUGCAAAACACUUUGGAGUAGAUUAUAGAGAACGUAGAUCUGCAGUUCAAGCAGAAAGGGUCUAUCCAUUUGCUUCAAAGAAGAAAACAAUGACAACAGUUAUUAAACUUCCCCCCAACGCACCUGCCAAGUCUGAUCCUAAUGCCGAGUAUCGCGUUCAUGUGAAGGGAGCAUCCGAGAUUGUGCUUAAAUCGUGUAACCGUUAUAUUAACGCCAAUGGUCAAAUUAAAGAGCUAGAUGAAAGUGGCAAACAGCAGGUCGAGAUCACAAUCACCAUGUUCGCGGACAAAGCUUUACGCACUAUUGGUCUAGCAUACAAAGACGCCACUUCCAGUGAGGCCAAGAAAUUCAAUGAUGACGACGCCCCGAAUGACAAUUUAAUAUUGUUGGGUAUAGUUGGUAUUCAAGAUCCUUUGCGUCCUGAUGUGAAACUAUCGGUCGAGCAGUUUAAGAAAGCUGGAGUAUUUGUAAGGAUGAUUACUGGUGACAACAUAUUGACUGCAAGGGCUAUUGCUCGUGAUGCUGGUAUUCUGACAAAGGGAGUUGCACUAACUGGUCCGGAAUUCCGUGCAAUGUCGCCUGAUGAACAGCGCAGAAUUGUGCCUCGUCUUCAAGUGCUCGCUCGUUCUUCUCCAACUGAUAAAACCAUCGUUGUUACUCGGUUGAAGGAAUUGGAUGAAAUUGUUGCGGUGACUGGAGAUGGUACUAACGAUGGACCGGCGUUGAAGUUGGCUGAUGUUGGAUUUAGUAUGGGUAUUGCUGGUACUGAAGUGGCCAAGGAAGCUUCAUCGAUUAUCCUGAUGGAUGACAGUUUCAGUUCGAUUGUGAGCGCCCUGAAAUGGGGACGCGCUGUUAAUGACAGUGUAAGAAAGUUUUUGCAAUUCCAGCUUACGGUUAAUAUCACGGCUGUCAUACUAUCUUUUGUCAGUGCUGUUAUGAGCGAUGAAAGCGAAUCUAUUCUUACCGCAGUCCAAUUGCUUUGGGUUAAUCUCAUUAUGGAUACGCUGGCCGCCCUCGCAUUGGCGACUGAGCCACCGACCGACGAGGUGCUCGACCGAUAUCCAACAUCGAAAAAUGCUUCAUUAGUCAAUUAUCGUAUGUGGAAGAUGAUUAUUGGACAGGCUGUAUUCCAGAUUGCUGUUAAUCUGACAUUACUCCAUAUCGGACCAGCAGUCUUCCAUUUGUCGGAUUCACCCCAUGACAAAGCGGCUCUUCGCACAAUCAUUUUCAACACAUUCGUGUUUCUCCAAGUAUUCAACGAAAUCAACUGCCGCCGCAUUGACGAUCAUUUAAACGUGUUUAGAAAUAUCUUGAACAACCAUGUAUUCAUUCUUAUUCAACUCAUCGUGAUUGGCGGUCAAUUCUUUAUCGUGGAGUUUGGAGGAGUUGCAUUUGGCACUGUUUCACUCACUGGGACUCAAUGGCUUGUCACAGUGAUCAUUGGAUUCCUCUCUCUUCCUAUUGGAUUGAUAAUUCGAUUGUUGCCUAACUGGUGUGUUCCUGAGCAUAUACUUAACGAAGAGGUUAAGCCAAUGACACCAGAAAAGAUGGUGUGGCAAUCGGCUUACGCUGACGUUACGAGACGCAUGAGAGUAUUUAAUGCGCUUAGGAAACCCCCACGUAAGCUCUCUAACAAGCCAAAAAUAGAUAGAAGCAGCAGCAGCCACAGCAAUGCUUCGAAUAACUUUGCUGAUGUAGUUCGGGGGGCGAUGAGACCUAGCAACCAUACCAGUUAG